AUGAGUAUUAUCCACCGUGAUUUUCAUAGUGGAAAUAUUUUGAUGAAGCAAUAUGAAAAUGAUAAUACAAAAUAUAUUAAAAUAGGUGAUUUAGGAUUAAGUAAAUCAGCUACUGAAGCUGCCGAUAAUGAAACUUAUGGAAUUAUUCCUUAUAUGGCCCCAGAGGUUCUUCAAGGACAAAAAUAUACAACAGCAUCAGAUAUUUAUAGUUUUGGUAUGAUUAUGUGGGAAUAUAUGACAGGUAGAAGACCUUUUUGGGAUCGUGCUCAUGAUACUGAGCUGAUUAUUGAUAUUUGUGAUGGUUCACGUCCUCCAACAGGUGAUAUUGUAGCACCUGAAGGUUAUAUUGAGAUAAUGAAAGAAUGCUGGGACCCGUAUCCAAUUAUGCACCGUUCGUCUGCGAUUCUUGCGGUGACAAAAGAUGAAAUAUAUGAUAAAAUACAAACUAUACGAAGCUCCUUAACAUCUUCCGCAUCUUCUACUUCGUCUUUUGUUCCCCGAAAAUCAUUCUUGAGACGAUAA